GUAUCCAUUCGAAUGAAACGGGAUCUCUUUUUUGGCAAUAUGAUAUUCAAAUUGUUGUGAUUCUUCAAAAGUCAUAGCAAACAUCGACGGCAGCUGUGCCAAUAGAUCCAAGAAGAUGAGUCAUCCGGGUUGGAUUAUGGUGUCGUUCCUAACCGAAUUACUAUCACAAUCAUCAAAAGGAAUAGCUCAGUCACUGGAUAAUUGUGCAAAUGACACAGAAAUCAUCAAUGCACUACUCAAAGAUAGCUACAAUAAACAUUAUAUCCCUUCUCAUCCUACACAUGUUCGAGUGGAUAUGUGGGUUCAGGAAGUAACAUCAGUUUCAGAAUUAACGCAGGAUUUUGAAAUAGAUUUGUAUAUCAACGAAUUUUGGGAAGAUCCUGCAUUAGUAUACGAAGAUAUGAAUCCAUGUAAGCGAAAUAUAUCAUUUGAUGAUAAGGUCUUACAACGAUUAUGGUUGCCGAACACUUGCUUCAUCAAUUCAAAAAGUGCAGCAAUUCACGAAUCUCCAUUCAAGAACGUCUUCCUGAUGGUUUUCUCAAAUGGUACUCUCUGGACAAACUAUCGAAUGAAAUUAACAGGACCUUGUGAUAUGAAACUAAAAAGAUUUCCGUUCGAUAAGCAGAAAUGCUAUCUCACUUUUGAAUCUUUCAACUACAAUACUGGAGAAGUGAGAAUGCAGUGGAAUCAACCGUAUCCAGUAAUUCUGCUCAAAAGAAUUGAACUUCCUGAUUUCAAAUUAGUCAAUUUUAGUGUUAUUGCUGUUGAACAGAUGUACCCAGCUGGUUGGUGGGAUGAGCUUACUGUAGCGUUUGUAUUCGAACGAAGAUAUGGUUGGUAUGUUCUUCAAGGAUAUAUUCCUACCAUGGUGACCAUUGUUAUCUCUUGGAUUUCAUUUUAUUUGGGACCAAGAGCAAUCCCAGCUAGGACUAUGCUUGGUGUCAACUCUCUUCUAGCAAUGACUUUUCAGUUUGGAAAUAUCAUUCGAAAUUUGCCACGUGUAUCUUAUGUAAAAGCAAUUGAUGUUUGGAUGUUAUCUGGAAUGCUUUUUAUAUUUUUAUCACUUCUUGAAUUGGCAGUAGUUGGAUUUAUGUCAAGGAAUGAAGGUCUACCGCCUAAAGUCAAAAAACGGAAACGACAAGAAGAUGAUGAUGAAGGAUUUUCAUGGAAAAGUAUGCAAACUAGUCCGCACUUGGAAUUAAGACAGUUUUGGGUAGACAAACGGGUGAAUUCAUUACGGAAUGACAGCGCAGUGCCGCCUGUUGAAGAUUAUGCGCCAAUGGAACUCGAACAACCGUAUCAAAAUAUUACAAAACGAAGAGAAAAACGGAAAUGGAUGAGUGGGUUGAGGAAAAAAUGGAGGGCGAUGAGGGAAUUACGGCCUGAAACAGUAGAUUUUUAUAGCGCAAUCUUCUUCCCAACAGCGUAUAUGCUUUUCAACAUUUCAUAUUGGAGUUUCUACCUGACAAGUCUUUCCGAAUAUUUUGAUGAAGAUGUGAAUAUUGAUCAACCUUAAUUAAUAUGAUUAUCAAAUUUAUCUUUUUUUUGCAGUUUUAAAUUCAAUUUCAACAAUAUCAAAAAUUUCAAUGAUCUCAAAUCUGUUCUAUGUAUUUCUUGUUGUUGGUUUUUGUAUUUUUAUGAAUAAA